AUGGCUUCGUCCCUCGCCGCGCAGCUGUCGCAGAUCGCGGCCAAGUCGACAAACCAGCUCGACCUCAAGGCGCAGAGAUUAUCGCACUCGCAGUCUCUGAUUUUCGACCGGAAGGUUGCUGGCACCCAGGAUUUCGAUACCGUCUAUCAAAUAUGUUUUGAAGGGUUUCAAGAGCUAUGCCAGCUCGAUGCACGGUUCAACUCUUUCGAGCGCACAAUUUUCAGCGAGCAGAGCAAGACCGAGGAUCGCACGCAGUUGAGCGCAGCUCAGAAUAAAGAACUCGAUGUGGUUUUGGAGGCAUUCCUUGCUCUGGUUGGAGGACGCUUAUUGUUGAGUCCGGCCGUGAAGGCCGUUGACUGGCUCAUCCGGCGCUUCAGAGUUCAUGAAUAUAACACAGAGUUUACGAUUCUUACAUUCCUACCAUAUUACACCACUCCCCUGUUCCUGAAUCUUUUGUCCAUCCUUCCCGAAGAUCUGACGCCGACCUUCAAAAUUCUCAUUCCGUACAAGAAGGGCCUGCUCAAUCCACCUCGCCAUCCGCUCGUGCAUAGCGCCACAACAAAUAGAGCCUUUCUGGCGGCUGUCAACAAUUACGUGCUCACCGUCAGCCGACAGCAGGCGCAUCACCAUGCGCUCUUGGCAUUCUGGGCUGGAAUCAUCACUGAGGCGGUUGCGGGAAUGUUGGAUUCAUCACGCUCCGGUCGCCGAGAGGUUGAGAAACAGAAGCACGAGGACAUCAUACUGCGGAUUCUUCCUAUCCUGAACGAUGGAUUCGCGCUGAAGAAUGUCUCCGAACUGGUUAUUGGCUGUUACAUGGUUUCAGUGGUUCUCGCGCAAAAGUCGUCCCUCCAAGACAAGCUUCUCGACGGCCUAAUGGAGGCAGUUGCAGGUUCAUGGACUGAGGAGACACUGGAGUCAGGCCUGGUUUGUCUGGCUGUUCUGGCACAGCAGAAGCCUGAAACUAGGCUGCCUAGACGAGCGUUGAAGGCAAUUCUGCGGCUAGACGACAUUGUGAAGCGGUUGACCGAUAUCUCCUCCCAGUAUCAAACCUCCAAUCUGCUGCUUGGAGUCGUCGCCGGCUGUGUCGACGAUCUCACGAAACACAAGGACACCGCGCGCCUAGAGCUUUUGCCCCGGGUGUUCCAGACACAACUUCUGGGAGAGUUGGAAACGAGCAAGGCGAUGGCCAUGGUUCUCCACGCUGCCAGCAAUGCUCACAGGGAUGGCACUAUGUCAUUGGACACUCAGGCCUGUCUGGCUGAUCUGGUCCAAGAAUUCAAUCAAUCUGAAUUUCUGCAACCAAUUUUCCAGAAGACCAUUGCAGAAUCGACUUUCGACACUGCCGCAAUCGAACACAAUUUGCAGACGGUUAUUGUUACUGCCCCUGCACCCCGUGCUGUUGAGGAUGUCGUGAUGGGGGAUGCGGAGAAGGUAGUAGAGCAGGACGGCUUCUCAUCCACUCUCGAAGCUUUGGUCGGGGAGAAAUUGUUCAAAAGCUCUUUCCUUAGCGCACAAUCCAUACCCGUCUUCGACAGACUUGUUCAAGCCUUUGCACUGGCAGCCAGCUCAGAGGAAAAAACGCAAGUCUUCUCGGAUUUGGCUGUCCUUGGUAAGUCCGAGGUCAGCAAAUCUCCCCAAUAUCUGUCAUUUUUCAUCAGGGUGUUCUCCGGCCCGUACCCUAUUGGCACCCGUGCUAUGGCUCUAAACAUAGUCGCCACCUUCCUCACAUCCACGUCCAACUUGGACCUGGAUUUCCAGGCAAUUUUGCCAUUCCUUCUUGUCGCCCUCGCAGAUCCGUCGGAGAGAAUCCGCCGCGAAGCAGCAGCAGCUCUCGCCGCUAUUGGGGGUAUCUACAAGAAGCACAAGAAAGGGGAAAACGUCUGGGGCCGCGACACUAUCUACGGCCAAGAGAAGCAAUCGAAGAGCGUCCAAUGGCUUCCUACCCGUGACGCGCAGAAGGUUUUUGAGCGUGCGGUGCUCCCGAGCCUGGAGGAAUGCAUUUUUGAUCCAGGCCAUAUCAGCAAGGUCCUUGAGACUACUCUUCGAGGAGCAUCUGUUGACCCGAAUGCAUCCGAGCUCAAGAAACCUUUGAGAUUGAGCUUCUUCACCUUCCUGUGCUCCCAUGCCAUCCAGCUCCCACUUUUCACACCCAAGCUCGGACUGCUGGGCUUACUCAACCGUAUCGAUAAGGCUGGUGGAACCACCCGUACAAAAGAGCUGGAGCCUCUGCUCAAGGCUUGGCGAGGACUGAGUGAGCAAGAAGUCAGUGACAUUUGCGAGAAACAGCGGGUUCCGGUCUCCGAAGUCGAGAGUCAAAUGGUUACCAUCGUCACACCGAAGGAGAAGGAUGCUCUGACAUUACUCCUGUCGAACGUCAGUCCUUAUUCGGAGUCGUUAAGAUCUACCUUCGUCGCUGCUAUUUUUGCCCGUGUGAAGGACAUCUGGGCUCGAGUGUCCGAGGAUCGCCAGGUCUUGGCUGCUGAGCAGCUGUUCGAUAUUGCACUCGGACUUUCAGACUCGGCUCUUGUAAACAAUUGCAGGAACCUUCUCCGAAGCGUCGAGCUGCCGGGAUCUGUGCUAAUUGAAUUCCUGGAGAAGAUCCCUGUAUCCCUCACCGAUAUGGAGGCUGUCGGCCCCGCCCCGAAGAGAAGACGCACUAGUCAGAGCAACAUGAUUGCGAUGACUGUGAAGGACGAGGCGGAGUUCGGCAAGGUCAUGGAGAAAAUGACUUUCAUUCUGGAGCUUGUGGACAGCUCGUCACCAGAGACUCACCCUGAGCUUGCCGAUGGGCUCUUCCAAACCCUCGCUGCUCUUCAUCACUUCAAGUCCCAGAUCCAGUCUGGAAUGAGCUACCUGCUCAGCUUGACACUUGGUAGCCUUCUGGCCAUCGUCAACCGGUCGAAGGAGAGCGCGAAGGCGCAGUUUGAUACAUCUGUCAUUCGCGCCGACUUGGUUGUGGACUGCGUGCGGACGACGGAGAGCCCUCAGGUACAGAACGCGGCUCUCCUUCUGGUAUCCGGUCUGUCUGUUAUCGCGCCUGAGCUAGUGCUGCACAGCGUGAUGCCUAUUUUUACCUUCAUGGGCUCCAGUGUCCUCCGCAAGGAUGACGAGUAUUCGGUAUCAGUCAUUGACCAGACCAUCGAUCAAGUCGUGCCGGCUCUUAUCCAGUCAUUGCGUAACCAGAAACGCGACGUGGUUUCGGGAACAUCGGAGCUGCUGCUGAGCUUCACGGCUGCUUUCGAGCACAUUCCUUCUCACCGUCGUCUGCGCCUGUUCCACGCCUUGAUCACCAAGUUGGGCACGCAAGAUUUCUUGUUUGCCGUUUUGGCGAUGCUGGCUAACAGAUAUGCCAUGGAUAAGGAUGUUCUAGUCCUUAUGACCGGCCUCGUCUCCGAUGCUAGUGCUCCUGUGGAGCUUACGGUUCGUCGAGUCCAUUUCUAUUGUGGAGAUUCUUUUCUAACGAAGUUACAGACAUACUACAAAUACCUCGACUUGGUCACCGACUCUCUCAAGGCGAAGCCUAGCAUUUCGCAGGUUCUUCUUGGAAUUGGAAGUGACGACGGUCGCGAGCCUCAAAAGGUUGCGGUGGACCUGCUCCGCGACUUGGCUUACCUGUUCAAGCAUUCGUCGCUCAAGGUCAAAAUGGCCAAGGCUUUUGCAUCGGAGGACGAAGAGGUCAUCGGACAAAUCCGAGCCCUCUUCUCUCGGAUCCUAGAACAAGUCCUGACAAUCGGCGAUUCAGUGCAGAGCAUGAAGCUCGUCGGUCAGGCCAACAGCGAUGUUCUGGGUGCAUUGUUUGGCACUCUGACGCUUGUGGAUUUCCUCGACACUAUCGAGGUGUUGCUUCAGCGGCCUAGCGAUGAGCUCCGCCGGAAGGUGCUUCGACUCCUCGAGGGACGUCUCCGUCAGAACCCCGAGCGUGAUGGCGCCUCGCAGAUCCGCGUGCUUGACUUCUUGCCCACGUUGGUUGAUAUUGUUCGUUCAUCGCCGGAUAUUCUGCUCAAGCAUGCCGCUGUCGCAUGUAUCGAUCGCAUCGCCGAGAAGUACGGCAAGAAGGACCCGUCGAGGGUUGUUAGUGCUGCUCAAGUUGUUGCUAGCGAGGCUUGCAUCGGCCAGGAGGAUGACCGCAUUCGCAUCAUGGGUGUCUUGUGUCUCGCAUCCAUGGCCGAUGUUCUCGGCCAGGCGAUGAUCCCAGCGCUCCCGGAAGCGCUCAGUCGCUCGCUGGCGUUGCUGGAAGUGAGUCUAGAAAAGGGCAAGGAGAACUCUCGACUCCACGACGCCACUUUCUCGCUGUUCUCGGCCCUCUUUGUUCACAUCCCAUACAUGAUCUCCGGCCCCAUUCUGGAUCAGAUCCUCCUUCUGUCUUUCAAGUCUGCUAAUGCUGAGGACUGUGAGGAUGACGGCCGCCAGGAAGCACUGCGGAUGAUGGCUCGGAAGGUCGACAUGGCCGCGACGCUGGGGGCAGUCGAUCGCAACUGGCAAUACGCCGUGCAGGCCGGACCAGCUGCGGCGAAGGAGACGCUGGAGGUGGUCAGUCUUGCCAUCGAGAAACAUCCCAAGUCCGCUACAGGCAAAAACAUUGGUGUUCUCACUAGCAUCCUUUUCAAGGUCUUUGAUCUGCGUCGGGAGCAACUCGCUCUGGGAUCGAAGGCCACCUUUGAGAUGGCGGACAUUGAGGAGAUCGAGGAGUCGGUCAAUGAUGUGACUAUCAAGAUGAUCUACAAGCUGAACGACAGCACCUUCCGUCCGAUCUUCACGAAGCUCCAGGACUGGGCUAUUGCUGGUCUUCCCAAGAAGGAUACUCAGGGCAGCUUGGCCCGCCUCACCACAUUCUACAAGUUCUUGCAGGUCUUCUUUGGGACUCUUCAGUCUAUCGUCACGGGUUAUGCCAGCUACAUCAUCGAAAGCGUGGUCUCCAUUCUUGGAAAGGCCAGUCCUUCGGACAAGAACACCAAAUCUCUCUGGUUGGCGACAAUGCGCUUGCUCCGCAGCGCCUUUGAGCACGACCAAGACGAAUUCUGGCAAUCGCCCUCGCACCUGACCCAGAUCUCCAAACCCCUGAUCAGCCAGCUCGCCCACGCCACGAACUCCUCCACGGCCGCCCUGGUGAUCGCCGAGGCCGUGCCCACCAUCACCGAGCUGGCCAUCGCCGCCGACUCAACCGAUAACCACAAGGACCUCAACACCCUGCUGAUGCGCUUCCUGCGACCCUCCUCGGGCCCCACGGGCAACAGAGUCGCAGGCGGCGAGAACCCACAUACCCGCCUCGCGGCCCUCAAGGCCGAGCAGUCCCUUACGGAGCAGCUGGGCGAGGAGUGGCUGGCGCUCCUGCCGGAGAUGCUGCCGUACAUCAGCGAGCUGAUGGAGGACGAGGACGAGAAUGUCGAGCGCGAGGUGCGCAAAUGGGUCAAGCAGAUUGAGAACGUGCUUGGUGAGAAGCUGGAUGACAUGUUGACGUAG